AUGGCGCAGGAGCUGUUCUCCGAGAUGGCGGCCGGGAAGGAGGCCGGCAGCCGCCAACCCACCUCACCGCGGCGCUUUGCCCCCGUCAGGGUAUCAAGCCGCGCACAGGCCUCGCUGGUAAGGGCCAAGUUCCGGAGCACUCUCGCUAGAUCUAGGGGGGCGGCACCCCCCGCUUCGCUCUCCGACCUCGCAGACAGAACGCUCACGAGCUUCGACGAGACCGACCUCGAGCUGGCCCUGCAAGCGGGCCAGCUGACCGCGGACCAGCUCAAGAUCAAGAACCCAACGACCACACCCGCAUCGGCCUCCACCACCAAAACGAAAGCUAGGACGGCUGCCACCACCAGGAACAAGAAAAACAAGAAGAGUCCCCACGUGGCCGACCAGAAGACGGCUGCUGCUGCCGCGGCACCCAAGCAUUCUGCGGGACCCCCUACCCUUGCCUCCUCCUCCUCCUCCUCCUCCUCCUCCUCCUCCUCCUCCUCCUCCGGCGACCCCUCGUCGGUGAUCACGACCACCACCACGAAGAACGCUCGGGGGAAGGAAAGGGGCUCCGCAGAUGUGGGCAAGAACAAGACGAAGGGGGGGAGGGGGCAGCCGUCUCCCGCUGCAGCGAAAGGCGGUGCGGCGGGGGGGAGUGCCCAGGGCGGUGCCAAGCAUGGCGGUGCCAAGACAACAUCCACCACCACCACCACCACCGCUUCCGGGAAGGAAAAACUACAGCGCGGAGGCAGUGGCGACGCGGAGACGGCUACUGGUGGGCAGAAGAAGGAGAAGGUGGAGAGAAAGGCGGCGCCCGCGUCUAGGGCGGGGGAGAUGGGCCGCUUCUGGGCGGCCUCGACCCUGCUGCAGGAGUCGCUAGCGUGCAACUACACGGCCGGGGCGGAAAUAGUGUUGGACACGAUGAGCAAUGAGGGGCUGUGGGCGACAACAAGUACGUACAACACUUUCCUGUGGUACUUCCGUCAGGAGAGAGAUGCAAAGGGGGCGUUGUCGAUGCUGCAGAGCCUACGCGAGAGCGAGAACGUCAAGCCUGAUCAGUCUUCCUACACUCUCGCCAUUCAGGCGUGCGUGUGGUCAGGGAGCCGCGUGGAGGAGGCGUGGGCCAUAGUCGAGGAGGCGGAGGCGGUGGCAACGGGGGGGGACUCCUCGUUCGCCAGCAAGGACCUUCUCGACGCUCGCCUCGUGCUCGUACAGGCCGUAGGCGGCGACGUCUUGCAAGGGCUGAAGGAGAUGUCGGAGAGGGGGGUCACCGCAGACGAGAGCACCAUGUUGGGCGUGAUUGAGGCCUGCGCCCAGCGCGGGGACGCGGCCGGCGCUCUGGACAUCCUCCAGAUGAUGCGAGGGGCCGCCGCCGCCGCUCGCUCAGCUUCAAGAAAGAAGAAGAAAGGAUCAGCGGCGACGACGGCAGUGUGUCCCCGACCGUCAUACCGAUCCUACCUAGCGGCGCUGACCGCGUGCUCGGCCGCCGCCGCCGGGGACGACGGUGGCGAAGGCGGCGGGAGCGGCGACGGGGUGCGCGGGGACUGGCGGGCUGCGAAGGAGGUGCUGCGGAUGAUGUGGGAGGACGAGGCGGCGAGGGCGGCCAAGGGGGACGUCGCUGUACCUGGCACGUGGUCGACAGAGCUCCAGGAAGCCCUGAGCUUGGGGCCCUCCCACGUGACCAUGCCGGCCGUGCCGGACGCGGCGUGCUACCAGCUGGCCAUGGAGUGCUGCGUCUCCGGCGGCCGCAACGACGAGGCCCUGGGCCUGCUCUCCGAGAUGGAAGGCCGGGGGCUGAGCCCCAACGAGGCCGCACUCCGCGCGCUCAUCCGGGGCUUCGCGCUGGAAGGAGUUGUUGCUGAUGGGGGGGGAGGGGGCCCCGCGGCGGAUAGGGAGAGGGCGGAGCGGAGGUGGAGGGGGGUGGAGAAUGCUCUCGGGGUGUUCGAGGAGCUCGCGGAGAGGUUCGACCCGCCGUCGAGGGCUUCCUUCGAGCAGGCGAUCGACGCUUGCGUUUCCCACCCGGACGGCCUUCAGCACGCCGGCGACCUCAUCUCCAGGAUGAAGAGCGUUGGCCACGAUCUACAGGCCGACCACUACAACGUCCUCAUCCGCGGCUUCGGGGACGCGCGGAACCUGGGGGCCGCGCUGAACGUCUUCCAGACAAUGCGGGAAGGUGUGGCGGUCGGGGGGCCCGGGGGUGGGGCGCGAAGCCGCACGCUGGGGUGGGAGGUGGAGGAGGACAUGUUCGCGGCCCUUGUAGGAGCUUGCACCAGGAGCGGGGAAGCGGAGAACGUGUCUGAGGCUAUCGGAUUCCUGCGGAUGAACGGGGUCAACCCUCCGAGCGAGAUCCUCAGCUACCUACAGAACGAAGAGUUCGAGUCAGAGCUUUACGACGAGAUCUUCGGGGAGAAGGAUCGCCUAGCGGGCAAGGCCAAGGAGCAGCGCUCCCGAGGCCGCAAGUACGGCACGCACGCGCUCGCCGCUCACCUCAUCGGUGGCAGCGGUGGAGGGAUGGUUUCUGGCGCGGGGGGGAGCAGUAGCAGUGGCGGAGAGGACGGCGGUGAGGUCGGCGGCGGCGAGCGGGGGGGGGCGGCGGGGGGUGCUUCCGCUGGUCGUCUUCGCGGGAACGGGGCGGCAGGGAACAACAAGAAGAGGGAAGAAGAAGAAACGUUUGCCGAGGCGGUGAGGGACAUCCUCCGGCGGGCGGAGGAGCGGCGCAAGAGGGUGGAGCGGGUGGAAGAGGACGGCGGGGCCUUCCCGGCCAACCCGCGGCACCCGGUCGGCUGGGUCGGAACUUUUACGGAGACCUUCACCCACGCGGAGCGGAAAGAGGAGGCCCUCAAGCGGCGGGCCGGAGAAGCGCGCUCCCGAGAGCGCCGCCUGAAGCGCCGGGAGGCCGAGCGACUAGCCGCAGUAGCGGCAGGAGGAGGAGGAGGAGGAGGGGCGCCCCCUGCGGGUCGUAGCGGCAGUAGCGACGACAGCAGUAGCGCCAAGACGGUCGCCAUCCCGAAGAGCAUCGACAAGCCCAAGGGGGGCUUCGACGCUGCGGCGGAGAGUGCCGGCGGCGACGGCGCCCGACGGCGCGGGCGGGUAGGAGCGCUCUCGGCCCACAGGCGGCGGGGCGGCGGCGGGGGCAAGGGCGACGGCCGAGCGGCGGCGGUGGCUGCCGGUUCGAGGCUGGAGCCUCGGCGGAAGCCGGUGCUGGUGAAGACCGGCGGCGGCGGCAGCGGGGUCCAGGGGUCGCUCUCGGAGGAGCCGUCGCCGGUGCUGGAGGCCGUCGUGGCCGGUCUGAGGCGGAAGGGGAGCAACAGCAAGGGGAGGAGCAGGAGGGGCAGCGGUCUGAGCGCGGUGCCGUCGCAGCCCAUGGUCAAGAGGAAGGAGAACGGUGGGGGCAACGGGAAGGG